AUAUAACAUAUAUAAUACAAACAUGCAGAUGAAAUCAUUUUAAAUAUCGGACAAUAGUGCAGCUUUGCCAUCAAGCUGCCGGCGCUCAGAGGGAGCAAAAUUGGCCCUGCUCCCUCCGGGUGGGUAGAUGGCGCUCUUUCCCCACAUCACUCCUAGGGUGAUGUGGAUCAGCACAGGGCAUCUGUGAGCUGAUGUAUCAGAACUGAGUUGCUGCGCUGCUUUCCUCCGAGCGUUAGCACUGUGAUGCUACUCAGCGAUGCUGCAUCAGCAGCAGUUUAAAAAGAGGCGGAGUCUGGCUUCACAUGUAUCAGAGGAAGCAUGUGUUAGUCUUCACCCUCCUGGUUUGUUGGGGCAUUACUAGUGAUAGCGAUAGGUAAUUGGCUGUGCUAAAUUGGGGUGAAAAUUAAAAAAAUAAGAAAUAAGCAAGAAAAUAUCUUCACAUUUCACAGCAAGGUGGGUGAAUGUGAUUGGUUCAGAGAUUCGUUCUGAGAUCAUUUUUUAAAAAUGGUUGUUGCUCGCAUUGCGCUUGGGGGUGCAAAAACUAAAUUUGGGGGGCAGCGCCCACCUCAGCCCCCCCCAAAGAACCGCCCUGAUUGGAUUAUAGAGCAAAGCCCCCAACCCUCACUGCUUCCCAGGCAUCACAGCGAUGGGUGCCCACCAGCCUCCAAGAGGCAUGAGUAUUAAUAUUCCUGGAAAUUUAGCAGGUGUCCGGAUACUUUUUGCAAUAUUAGUGUCCCUGAGAGCAUUUUAAAGCACUGCUGAUCUGAAUUUAUUCAUAUUCACCUAUCCCUCUAUUUAAAAACAGCUUCUAGAAGACCUCCAGCUUCUCUCUAACGUAAUUUGACCCAGAUCCUGCUGCCGUCUGGCCGUGGAGGAGCAAUUUGAUUCCUCCUGACUCAGUAAGAAUCUAAUGCCUCAGGCUGUCACAUGCCCCCGCCGUCUCCCCCACAUACCUUCUUAAAUGUUCAAGGUUGAGAUGAGGAUACAGUAAAUAACUUCCCUGCAGGUCUGAAAGCAAGCUGAAGAUUCACCUCUAUCAUGAGUAAAAGGGCAGAACCGAAGGGCAACUUUAUAUUAGUAGUGUUCGCUACGAUGCUCAGGAUCGCUGGGUAUGGGGUAUGACUGGUAUCUGGGCUCCGAGUGGUCCAGCGCUUAGGCAUCAGCAGCCGGAGUCUGAGAGAGAGCAAAAUUGGCCAUAUGAUGCUGGGACUAAUCUAUCAGAGCUGGGAUUCCUAAAAAUAUGAAUUAUUUAAGUGAUUAAGAAGCAUCUCCAUAGAAAGACUUUCAAGACAAUUCUAAGCCUGUAUUUUUCCAGUCAAGUCAUAAGCUUUUUUCUGUGAUUUCAGACAAAACCUUGGGUUUAAUUUUUAGAUUUAAAAUAAAUUUGGUAGUAUGAAAGUAAAUGUAAGUGUUCAGGGAGAGCGGACAUACCUGUUGCAUGAUCCUUCUGGUGCAAAAUGUGUAAAAUGAUGAAUCCAGUCAUCUGAUGAAGUUGUAAAAAGGGUGAACCUGGCGUAAAGCAACCCUUUAUUUAACAAAAAAGGUAAAAAUUCACACUUCCUAAAAGUCAGAACCUAGAACUUAACCUUCUUUUAAAGGAUUCUUAAUUCUUGCAAAGCUCUGUUUUUAAAGAAAUGAUUGCGUGAGGAUCUUAGCUUUUUAGUAAAAAGAGUCGUUUUAGAAAAAGUGGGUUUUGACCUCCGGUAUUAGAGCUUUUAUAAAGUUUCUAAAAUAACCAUACUUAAGAUAUUUUCAACCAUUCAAAUGGUUCUUAGAGUUGUCAUGGGUUUUGAUUUACUUGGAAACUUACACCGCUUACAUCAUCUUGUUUUUUAUUACCAAUUUAAUGUUGUUGUUUUUCCCCUAGGUUUCUCUUUGGUUUACAUUAUUUAAAGUUUCUUUUAACAUUUUUAAAAAUGUUAACUUUUAAAACAUGUAUUUUUCCCAAAGGUAAACCAUUCCACAGAACCUUUUAGGAAAAUAGAACCGUUCUAAAGCAUCAGGUAAAGAACCCCCUGAGAGUGUUAAGAGUGAAGGUCAAUGUCCAAAACCUGGCAAUAAUUCCAAGACUGCUCUGAGGAAAGAUGUUUAUGAAAGUAAGAGGUAAAUAUAGCUGCAGUAUUUGGGAGGAGUCAGGUGGGGGGUUCAAAUGAGACUGAAUGCCAGACAAAUGAGCCAGAUGGUAAAAGUGUAAGAAAGGGAGGGAGAGGAGGAAUAUUGUGCCUGUGGAGGAGGAGAGUGGCAGAAGGGGACGUGGGAUACAUUGAGGAGCUGCUUUGGAAGUCGAAGGAAUUUGUUGUUCAGAUUGAGAUUAAGCGAGAGGACGGUAAAAAGAGGAGACCUAAUAUCCUGAGGAGGCUUAAAGGUGAAGGCUAUUUAUGGCGGUUGCUAACCUUUGUCCUUUGAGGGACUUAUCAGAGUCGAGGGAAUUGGAUAGAGGAGACAAUGAGAGGCGACAAAGAGAAAGACGAAACGGAGGGGAGGUGAGCGGGAACGGACUUGGCUGGAGGGACGCUGAUGACACGGAAGACGAUGAGGACGAAGACGGGGAUGAGGAGCUUGCGGAAGAGGGUGGGACACCAGAGGAACCCCCAAUGGCAGGGCAGGGAAGUGAGCAUGGGAAUGAAUUGAAUUUUGGGAACUUUCCUGACCUUAGUAACGAUGACUACGACGACGAUGACUACAAUGAUUCUAUAUCUAUCUAUAGUGACUACGGCAAUAGUUAUGCGACCUCUUCGCCUGAUUAUAACGACUAUACCGAUGGAGGUUAUGAUGAAAAUGUCGUCUUUUCUCCAACCGAUGGUGCCGCCAGCGGUGGUCGAGAUGAUGAUGCCGAUGAUCAUCUUUCAGACGAAGACAACCAAAACACAGAAUCGUGUCUAAAACUGGAAGAGCUGGACAGUGAAAAGAUUGAAGAAGGUGAAGAAGGUGACAAUCUUGAAGAUGACAGCGAAACCCUCAGUGAGACAAGUGACGAAGACUACGAGGAAUUUCCAGAAAAGCUGUACAGCCAUCCUUCCUACCCAAAGAAGGUCUUCCAAGCUUUAGAAGCGAUGGAGAAGUCCUCAUUCCUCACCGAUCUCAGCCUGACCACUCCUUGCGGGUUUAAAAUUCGGGUUCACUCCCUGGUCCUGGCUGCAGUGAGUGCCGUCGUCCAGCAGAUGAUCCUAGAAAGGGAUGGAAAGAGUCGGAAAGAGACUACGAUGUUUUUGAGCUUUGGUCAAGAAGUGACUGGUGUGGCUCUAUCUGCAGUACUGGAGUUUGCGUACACUGGAACCAUCACUGGUCUCAACAGGUUUACUUUGGCUCAUGUUCGAGCUGCUGCCCUCAGUCUGGGCGUUCCCAGAGUUCUGGAGCUCUGCAAAGAGGAGGAGGAUAGGGAACGAAAGAGAGGGGGAAAGAGGAAGAUGGAGGAAAAGAAGAGCAGAAUUUCUGCCGAGGAGCAGUUGAAGAUCAGCCUGGGAUCCAUCAGGCGGUUGUGGGAAGAACGAGUGGGUUGCGAUUUGGAGCUGGAGGCUGAGGGACAUAUAUUUCGAGUUCACAAGGUCCUCCUGAUUGCAGGCAGCGACUACUUCCGUGGCAUGUUCUGCCACGGUAUGAAGGAGAGCCAGCAGACCUCGGUGACCCUGUUCCUGAUCGGAGCGCUGGAGUUAGGAAUGCUCCUGGAGUGCAUCUACAGUGGAGCUCUGGCUCUGGAUUGGGGUUGUGUUUUCGAGUUGACCUGCACCGCCAUCCAGUUCCAGUUCCAGCCGGCCCUGUCGCUCUGCCUCGCCUUCAUGGAGGAGGAAGUGGACGCUCAGAAUUGUCUUGACGUUGCGGCGUUUGCCGAGGCUUACCGGAUUAGGGACUUACAGGACAUUGCGGAAGACUUUGUCCUGAGACAUUUUAAGGACGUUGCAGCAUCGCCGAAGUUCCUGGACCUUCCGGCGGAGAAGCUGAAGAUGUACCUGCGCAGCAACUCACUUUGCGUCGCGUCCGAGUUGCCCGUGUUGAAGGCCGUCGUCGCGUGGAUUGGGUUCAAUCCUAGGAGGCGAGUAAGAGAAGCCAGAGAGCUUCUGGCAACCAUCAAGUUCCCGCUGAUGACUUUCAAGGAAUUUAAAGAAGUGAAGGCCAUAACCGCCUGGCCGAAGAUGAGCAACGAAGACUUGUACGACUCCCUGCUGGAGGAGUUCUGCGUUGGGAACUCUACAGUGCUUUCAAACUACAGGACCUACCUUCCCAAAGAGGUCCUGGUCCUCGUCGGCGGCGAACGGAUCACGGAGAACCUAGACAAGCGAAUUCCCUGUCGGGACUUAUGGUUCAGCAACUCCUUCCGUAACCACGUGGCAAUGUUGAAGAGAGUGGAAUGGAGGAUGCUGGGAGACUUACCCGAGAAACCGAGGUUCAGCCACAGCGUCGGAGUGAUCAGAGGGAAGCUUUACAUUGUUGGGGGGCGUCACUAUUACGGCAAGAGCGACACCAUGAAAAGUACCUAUAGGUACGACCCGAUGCAGAACAGCUGGAUCAGAUUGGCUGAUAUGAAUGAGAGGCGGGGCAGCUUCGCUCUGGUGGUGCUGGAUGAUAAAUUAUACGCUAUGGGAGGAAAUGUUGAUGCUGAGUUGAACACAGAGACAGUGGAGGUGUAUUUCCCUGAUACAGACAGCUGGAGCUUCGUCCAUCCUCUGGACCAGACUCUGAGCGGGCACGCCGCCAGCGUAUGGAACGGAAACAUCUACAUCUCAGGAGGCUUCGACUGCACCUACCAGUGCCUGGUGUCCAUGCUGCAGUACCACCCGGAGAAGGGCACCGUCUACCUGCAGGACAUGUACCUGAACCACGCCCAGCACUGCAUGGAGACCUUCCAGGACCGGCUGUACGUAGCGGGGGGCGUCUCCAGCUACGGGGGGGGUCUGGUGGAUCAGCUGGACUGCGAGUUCUACGACCCGGUGAGGGACGCGUGGGGCGUCUUCAUGCCCAUGUCCGUGCCCCACGUGGCAGCGGCGUCGGCGGUGCUGGAGGGGAAGAUCUACAUCCUGGGCGGGUACUGCCAGGAGGACUACAGCGACACCAAGCGGGUGCACAGGUACGACCCGGUGAUGCACUGCUGGGAGAACUUGUGCGGCACGCCGGGACCCACCACGUACAUGGCGGCGUGCGUGCUGCCCGUACCCGGCCACCUGAGGCAGCUGUAGCGCACCUGGCUGACUGACUGACUGGCUGACUGGCGGCUGCCACUGAGACACUGGAUGGAUAGGACUCCUGCUUUCUGUACAGGGCUGUAAAAAACACUGUUGUUUUUGUAUUUAGCGCUUUUUGUUACUUUAUACCGAGCUUCAAAGACAAACAAUGAUAAAACCAUGAAGAUGUGCAAAAAAUAUCUGUGACUGUUCUUACGGAAAACUUAGCUUAGAAGAUUUCGUAAAAGAAGCGAUACAGCAAAGCUAAAGAUUAGAUGUGCUGCCGAGAGGAAUGACAUUGUGGCUUUGUUGAAAAAUGAUUGUACACUAGCUACUAGCCUCGUCCAACGUCUCUACAGUGGCGUUAGCAUGUGGCUAAUGGCCUCGUUCUACAUCUCUAGAGCAACGUUAGCUACCAGCACGCUAGCUACCAGCAUCAUCCAAAAUAUCUACAGCAACGUUAGCAUGCUAGCUACCAUCAUCAUCCAGUAUUGCUCCUAUUCUGUUAGUGUGCUGGCUAUCAGCCUCGUCCAACAUCUCUAUAGCGCCGUUAGCACACUAGCUACCAUCAUCGUCCAACAUCUCUACUGCACCAUUAGCAUGUGGCUACCGGCCUCAUCCAACAUCUCUACUGCGGUGUUAGCACAACAUCCAACAUUGCUACUAUGCUGUUAGUGUGUUGGCUACAGGCCUUCUCCAACAUCUCUACUGUGGCAUUAGCAUGCUAGCUACCAGUAUCGUCCAACAUCUCUAAGGCAGCCUUAGCUCAAUCCCGGCAUUGUUCCAAAUAUCUACAGCAGCUAAUAUCAUUAGCAUGCUAGCUACCGUCAUCAUCCAACAUUGCUACUAUGCUGUUGUCAUGCUAUGUGAUGGCUAUCAGCCUCAUCCAGUGUCUCUAAUGCAGCAUUAACAUGUGGCUAAUGGCCUCGUCCAGUGUCUACAGUGGCGUUAGCAUGCUAGCUACCAGCAUUGUCCAAAAAUCGAUUGCAGCAUUAGCAUGCUAGCUAUUAGCGUUGUCCAACAUUUUUACAGUGGCUUUAGCACUUUAGGUACUGGCCUCAUCCAAAGUUUGUACAGUGGCGUUAGCACGCCAGCUACUAGCAUUGUCCAACAUUUUUACAGUGGCUUUAGCACACUAGCUACCAACAUCAUGCAACAUUGCUACUAUGCUGUUACUGUGCUGGUUGCAGGCCUUCUCAAACAUCUCUAGUGUGGAAUUAGCAUGCUAGCUACCAGUAUCUUCCAACAUCUCUACAGCAGCGUUAGCACGCUAGCUACCAUCAUCGCCCAACAUUGCUACUAUGCUGCCAGCCUCGCCGAAUGACUCUACUUUAGCAUUAGCAUGCUAGCUACCGGCAAACAUAUCGCCCAACAUCUCUACUGCAGCGUUAGCUACCAGCCUCGCCAAAUGUCUCUACAUUAGCAUUAGCAUGCUAGCUACCAGCAUCAUCCAGCACUGCUACUGUGCUGUUAGCAUGCUGGCUACUGUUAGUAGGUCAGUGGGAAGCUGUAUAAACACAGUGUGUGAUGCUUCUUUCCUGUUCUGAAAAAAAAGAUAAAUAAGUGGAUUGUGGAAUUUUUCCUAGAUUACGUUUAUUUACAUUUAUUAGCUCCGCCCACAUUCUCCUGUAUCAUGUUUACAGUGAGUCUCUUCACAUGUUUUACACUCUUCUACUGUACUGUACUGUCUAUAGGUCAUCCUGGACUGUCCAAUCGUAAUGACUCUAUUGUGAGGGGGCGUGGCCAACAGAGCACAGGGACUUUAUUUUCUGAAUGCUGGCCAUCGCUGCUUUCACUUUUUUUGCUGAUAUAAUCAUUUCUGUUGCCAAUAUUUAAUUUGUUUCUUCAAUAUUUGGUUAUUAACAUCACUUUUGUUAGAUUUCAGAAAUGUACUUCAAUUUUAACCCUUUAAACCACAGAUUUUAUUCAGUGUCUCCCAUUUUUACAGUGUUUUCAUACUAAAGUGUAUGUUGAAAUAUUGAAAUGAAUAGAGUACUUUUACAUAAUGUCUAAAUUCUGAGACCAAAAUACAGAGUACAUAUUUUGAUACCAAAUUCCCUUAUUGUUAAAAAAUUUGCUAUUUAUAUAUACUUCCUUAAUUUUUAACCUGUUUUUCUACACUGAUGGGCGUGGUGUUCUGGAAAUGAGGUGUGUUCAGGUACAUUUCUGGAGUUUUGCUUGUUUAUCUUGGUAACAGAAAACACAGGAGCUCCACUGACUGAUUAAAACCCUCACAACAGUCAACAGUCAGACCCAAUAUAAAUUAUUUUUCUGCAUUUGGAGCCGUGCAAGGUGUACUUUUCCCGUCGUUACAAUAGCAAAGACACAUUUAGCUGCUCCUGGGUGCUCUAUCCUACACUAUCCUACACCGAAGUAGCAGCAGACAGUAAAUUAUGUCUAAUCAGAUGUUCCUUUAUUCCUCCUUAUUACAGAAUUGCAUUACAUACAUUAUGUACCCAAUGUCCUUAAAAUAUUGCACUAAUAAUAUGUCCAUAAUUUUCAAUAAAUGUUUAUUUGAACUGCUUUAA